CUGAAACUCCUAAGGAGUGGGAAGAGCAUGUCAGCUCAUCAUCAUCAUCAGCAAGCUUAGAUGAACUACCAACAUUCAAGGAGUUCUUGACGUUUCUCGAAGGCAGAAUUCACACUUUAGAGCUCACCGUGGCAAUUCCAAAGCCGAUUAAAGAACGCACAUUCCACGUGGCAAGCACAGAAGAUAAAACAUGCGUAUUCUGUAAUAAAGAGAAUCACACGCUUUCACACUGCAGAGAGUUUGCUAAGCUGACACCCACGAACAGAAGUGAAUUUGUUAGAGACAAAGGAUUAUGCUACAACUGUCUGCUACCGGGGCACCCUGUAUUCUACUGCAAGCUGCAAACCUCAUGUCAAAUAUGCCGGAAACGCCAUCAUUCACUUCUACACGAACGAGUUAAACAAGAUGUCACUGGUAAUAAGGAACAAAUAAAUGCAACAGAGGCAGCCUUGUACACUGAUGUGGAGGAUGAAGACAACAUUUUAGAAGACAAAGAGCAUGAAGUCGCAAUAUCUUCUCAUUUCGUGAGCAAAAAAUCUACAGCACUACUGGCAACAGCACUUGUGCCAGUGAGAAAUGAGGCAGGCCAGACUACUGUACUACGAGCACUGAUAGACCAAGGGUCUCAAGCAACGCUAAUAAGUGAAAGAGCAACUCAACUACUCAAACUAAAAAGAACACAAGUUCAAGGAACUGUAAAGGGUGUUGGUUCAACUACUACGCAAAUCAACCAUGCCGUACAAAUAGAGCUACGAUCAAGAACUGAAAAUAAUUUCAACAUCAACGUGAGAGCAUACGUCAUGGCUACAAGUGUAACGUCGCAACUACCAAACAAACCAAUACCAUGUGAAACGUGGAAACACUUAGAAGGUAUAACACUGGCUGACCCCAGCUUCAAUAAACCAGGAAGAAUCGACAUGUUGCUGGGAGUCGAAGUCUAUGCCAAGAUAUUAAAGAAUGAUGUAAUCAAAGGCCCACCAGGCUCCCCAAUUGCACAAAACACAAGCCUGGGAUGGAUCUUGUUUGGAAAUGUAGAUGUACAGAAAGAAAAUGAACAACUAAUUUCACUACAUUGCCUUGAUGUGGAUAUGGAUGACAUGCUCAAAUCUAUGUGGGAAUUAGAUGAAAAUAAACAGCGCACACUCACAGCAGACGAGAGAUUAUGUGAAGAGAUAUAUAGAACAACCCACUCAAGAGACAAAGAAGGAAGAUACAUAGUGAAAUUACCCAUGAAGUACAAAAAGCCAAGAGCUACACAAGGUGAAACAAGAAACAUAGCUCUCAAAAGACUACAACAGAUGGAAAGAAGGUUCGAGAGAAAUUCAGAGCUACAACAAGAAUACAGAAAGGUUAUGGAAGAGUACAUAGAACUGAACCAUAUGGAAGAAGUACCACAAAAGGAUAUUGAUAAACCUGCUGUGUAUUUGCCACAUCACGCCGUGGUAAAAGCAGAAAAGGACACCUCAAAGACGAGAAUUGUGUUCGAUGCAAGUUGCAAGGGCACAAACAAUGUGUCACUCAAUGAUGAUUUACUCGUAGGACCACCUUUACAAGAAGAUCUGAGAAACCUCAUCAUAAGAUGGAGAAUGAAACCCAUAUGUCUGGUUGCCGAUGUACAAAAAAUGUACCGAGAAGUUCUGGUAACGGAAGAAGACGCCGAUUAUCAAAGGAUACUGUGGAGAUCAAACUCAUUAGAUGAGGCAAAGGACUACAGGUUGUUACGAGUGACAUUCGGAACAUCAUCAGCACCGUUCCUUGCUGUCAGAACCUUAAUGCAAAUAGCUGAAGAUGAAGGUAAAGAUUUUCCUGCGGAAGCUAAAACAAUAAAGGAAGACUUCUUUGUUGACGAUCUUAUAUCUGGGAGAGACAAUGUAGAAGAAGCUCUUCACGCAGCAAUCACUAUAACAGAAAUAUUACAAAGAGCAGGUUUCAUUCUUAAGAAAUGGUCGUCAAAUAGUGAAGAACUACUAAAUCAACUGAGACCACAACAAAUAAAUUCUGAAACAAAUAUAGAUAUCAAGACAGAAGGAACAAUAAUGGCGCUCGGGUUGACCUGGAAUCGAAUCAAAGAUGUACUUACCUAUCAGCUGCAUCUGCUUCCUCCUCCUGAAACAAUAACAAAAAGAAAAAUCCUUGCUGAAGCUCAAAGACUAUUCGAUCCGUUGGGUUUUCUUGCACCUGCUAUCAUUCCUGUAAAAAUAGUCAUGCAGAAACUGUGGCGCGAUGGAGUCUCCUGGGACGAAGAAGUGGAACCUGAAAGAAAAAGAGAAUGGUUAAUGAUUAGAGAAAGUUUAGAGUAUGUCAAGGAAGUUGAAAUUAAGAGAUGGCAACAUACCUGUGAAGCCGUAGCAGAAAACACAACAGUUCACGGCUUCUGUGAUGCGUCCAAUAAGGCGUAUGCCGCUGUAGCGUACAUGAGAGUCGAAACCGCUGAAGGCAACUAUGAGACCAGUAUCAUAGCAGCAAAGAGUCGAGUGGCAUCAGUCAAACCAGUGUCACUUCCAAGAUUGGAACUGUGUGGUGCCGUGCUGCUGUCUAGAUUGUUAAAGCAAGUUCAAGAGGCCACCAGAAUACCCAGUAGCCGUAUAUUUGCCUGGACUGAUUCUGAAAUUGUAUUAUCAUGGCUAUUUGGUGAUCCUGCGCGUUGGAAUGUCUUUGUGAGUAAUCGCGUUGUUGAGAUCCUAGACAACACUGGUAACCAGAGAUGGCAUCACGUUACAUCAGAAAACAAUCCAGCUGAUGUAGCCAGUAGAGGAUUAAUGCUAACAGAACUAGUGUCCAACACACUAUGGUGGAAGGGUCCAGUGUGGCUACAGAAGAAAGAAAUACACUAG